UAGAAAUACUUCUGUUAAACUAGUAAAAAAAUUUACCCUGCUGUGGACAGUUUUGCCACUUUGACUCCUUCCUGGUUAGUGGUUCAGUUUUUUACCUGCGGGUAAAGCUGACAGGCUGGUAGAGGUCUUGAGUAUGCCUGGGACACGAGGCAGCGACUAUAGUGCCAGGGGUACCCCUGUGGGGCUGUCCAGAGCUGCCCUGUGGACUCUGCUGUUGGUCAUCCUGCUUGGUAGCCAUACCUGUGCCUGUCCCACACUUUGCACCUGCAGUGGCACCACAGUGGACUGCCAUGGGCUGGGCAUCAAGACUGUGCCCCGGAACAUCCCGAGGAAUGUCGAGAGGCUGGAACUGAAUGGAAAUAACCUCACUCGCAUCAACAAGAAUGACUUCUCUGGGCUGAAGCACAUCAGAGUCCUUCAGUUGAUGGAAAACCAGAUCGGCAACAUCGAACGAGGAGCAUUUGAUGAUAUGAAGGAGCUGGAGAGGCUUCGCCUGAAUCGCAACCAGCUUCACCAGCUUCCUGAGCUGUUGUUCCAGAAGAAUGCUGCUCUUUCAAGGCUAGACCUCAGUGAGAACUUCAUUCAAGCCAUCCCCAGGAAGGCAUUUCGUGGAGCAACAGAUAUCAAAAACCUUCAGCUGGACAAGAACCACAUCGGCUGUAUUGAGGAUGGGGCAUUCCGUGCAAUGAGAAGCCUGGAAGUGCUGACCCUGAACAACAACAACAUCAGCAGCAUUCCAGUCUCCAGCUUUAACCACAUGCCUAAGCUCCGAACCUUCCGACUCCACUCCAAUAACCUCAACUGUGACUGUCACCUGGCUUGGCUGUCACAGUGGCUGCGUCAGAGGCCCAUCAUUGGCCUUUUUACCCAGUGCAGUGCCCCACUCCAUCUCCGAGGCCUCAAUGUAGCUGAGGUACAGAAGCACGAGUUCACCUGUUCAGGCCACAUAGAACCGAGCAGCCCCCAGCCCUGCAGCCUUGCAGCCGGCUCCUGUCCAGCUAUGUGCACAUGCAGCAACAACAUUGUUGAUUGCAGGGGCAAGGGACUGACUGCUAUUCCUGCCAAUUUGCCUGACAACAUGGCUGAGAUACGCCUAGAACAAAAUGGGAUUAAGUCUGUCCCUCCCGGUGCUUUCUCUCCCUACAAGAAGCUUCGUAGAAUAGACCUCAGCAAUAACCAGAUAUCUGAGAUUGCCCCAAAUGCUUUUCAAGGCCUGCGUUCCCUCAACUCUCUUGUGCUGUAUGGAAAUAAGAUUACCGAGCUGCCCAAAGGUGUGUUUGAUGGACUGUACGCCUUGCAGCUGCUACUGUUGAAUGCUAACAAGAUCCACUGUAUCCGUGCCAAUGCCUUCCAAGACCUGCAGAACCUCUCUCUGCUCUCUCUAUAUGACAACAAGAUCCAGAGCUUGUCUAAGGGGACCUUCUCUGCUCUGCGUGCCAUCCAGACCUUGCACUUGGCCCAGAACCCCUUCGUCUGUGACUGUAACCUGAAGUGGCUGGCAGAUUACCUGCGCUCAAACCCCAUCGAGACAAGUGGUGCACGCUGCACAAGCCCCCGGCGCCUUGCCAACAAGCGUAUUGGCCAGAUCAAGAGCAAAAAGUUCCGCUGCUCCAGCAAAGAGCAGUAUUUCAUACCAGGCACAGAAGAUGCUCGUCUCAAUACUGACUGCAGCAGUGAACCCGUUUGCCCCCCCAAAUGUCGCUGUGAGUCCAAUGUGGUAGACUGCUCUAGCCUCCGGCUCACUAAGAUACCUGAACACAUCCCUGCGUCCACUGCUGAGCUGCGCCUCAACAACAAUGAGAUCACAACUCUGGAGGCCACUGGUGUCUUCAAGACCUUGACCCAGCUCAAGAAAAUAAACCUCAGCAACAACAAAAUUUCUGAGGUUGAGGAUGGGGCAUUUGAGGGGGCCUCCUCUGUAACUGAGCUGCAUCUGACAGCCAACCAGUUGGACUCUGUUCGCAGUAGCAUGUUCCGUGGAUUGUCUGGGCUGCGCAUGCUAAUGCUCCGAAACAACCGCAUCAGCUGCAUUCACAACAACAGCUUCACAGGACUGUACAAUGUUCGCUUGCUGUCCCUCUAUGACAACCAACUGACCACCAUUGCACCUGGAGCCUUUGAUACUUUGCAGACCCUCUCCACUCUGAACCUGUUAGCCAAUUCUUUCAUCUGUGACUGUCGACUGGCUUGGCUGGGUGAUUGGCUUCGCAGCCGCAAGAUUGUGACAGGAAACCCCCGGUGCCAGCGACCUGCCUUCCUGAAGGAGAUCCCACUGCAGGAUGUGGCAGUGCCAGACUUCCGCUGUGAGGAGGGCCAAGAGGAGGCCAGUUGUGUUCCACGUCCACAGUGCCCUAGUGAGUGCACCUGUUUGGAGACAGUGGUGCGUUGCAGUAACAAGCACUUGCGAGCCCUGCCCAAGGGCAUUCCCCGCAACGUCACUGAGCUGUACCUGGAUGGUAAUCAUUUCAGUACGGUGCCAAAGGAGCUGUCCACUUUCCGAUAUCUUCAGCUUGUAGACCUGAGCAACAACAAAAUCAGUUCCCUGACCAACACUUCCUUUGCUAACAUGAGCCAGCUCACCACAUUGAUCCUCAGCUACAACUCCCUUCGAUGUAUCCCCGCCCUAGCAUUUGGAGGACUAAAAUCCUUGAGGCUGCUGUCUCUACAUGGCAAUGACAUUUCUGAGCUGCCUGAUGGGAUCUUCAGGGAUGUUGCCUCUCUCUCGCACUUGGCCAUUGGGGCAAACCCACUGUACUGCGACUGUCAUCUGCGCUGGUUGUCUGACUGGGUGAAGACCGGCUACAAGGAACCCGGCAUCGCACGCUGCAUUGGGCCUCCAGCAAUGGAGGGCAAACUGCUGUUGACGACACCUGCCCAAAAGUUUGAGUGCCAUGGUGGUGUUGACCCUGCCAUUCAGGCCAAGUGCAGCCCUUGUUUGUCUAACCCCUGCCAGAAUCAAGGCACCUGUCAGAGUGACCCAGUGGACAUCUACAAGUGUACCUGUCCCACAGGGUACAAGGGCAAGAACUGUGAGAAGGUACUCAAUGCCUGUGUUUCUAAUCCUUGUGCCAAUGGCGCCACUUGCCAGCCAAGCAAUGAGGACAGUGAUGUCUUUAGUUGCUUUUGUCCCCCGGGCUUUGAUGGCCCCACCUGCCAUACCAACAUAGACGAAUGCCAGGACAACAACUGUGAGAAUGGCGCUAGUUGUGUGGAUGGCUUGAACAACUACACAUGCCUGUGUGGCCCUUUCUACACUGGAAAGAUGUGUGAGGAGCCUGUGGACAUGUGUGCUCCACUACUGAACCCUUGCCAUCCCCAUUCCACCUGUGUCAUCGCCAACAAAGGCUCUAAGUGCGUGUGCCCCCCUGGCUAUGUGGGCAAUGACUGCAGUGUGAACUACAAUGACUGUGGGGAGCACCGCUGCCAAAACAGGGCCCAGUGUGUAGACAGAGUCAAUGGCUACACUUGUGCUUGUGUUGAUGGUUACAGCGGGCCCCUGUGUGAGAUCCCUCCUGCACUUCGCUCUCCAUGUGACCUGGCUGACUGCCAAAACAAUGCACCCUGUGUGGAGAGGGGGGGGAGGGGCUUUUGCCAAUGUCCACCCGGGUUCGGUGGGCCGCGCUGCGAGAAGUUAGUCAGUGUCAACUUUGUAGACAGGGACUCCUACGUGCUUCUUAGUGAUAUGAAGAACUGGCCUGAAGCUAACAUCACACUUCAGGUAUCCACUGCAGAGGACAAUGGCAUCCUUCUUUACAAUGGUGACAGUGAUCAUAUUGCAGUCGAACUGUACCAAGGUCAUGUGAAGGUCAGCUAUGACCCUGGGAGCCAGCCUGGACAUGCCAUCUACAGCACCGAGACCAUCAAUGAUGGUCAAUUCCACACUGUGGAGCUGGUGACCUUUGACCAGAUGGUAAACUUGUCUAUUGACGGUGGGCUCCCAACCACAAUGGACAGUUUUGGGAAGGUCCAGCCCCUGAACGGAGAUGCUCCGCUUUAUGUGGGGGGGAUGCCUGUGGAUGUCCACUCAGCUGGGUUCCGCUUCUGGCAGAUUCACAAUGGCUCCAGCUUUCACGGCUGUAUCCAGAACUUGUACAUCAACAACGAGCUGCAGGACUUCACCAAGACACAGAUGAAACCAGGCGUGGUGCCCGGGUGUGAGCUGUGCCGCAAGCUUUAUUGCCUACAUGGCAUAUGCCAGCCCAACAGUGGAACAGGUCCCAUCUGCCACUGCCACCCCGGCUGGAGUGGGCCUCAUUGUGACCUGCCCACAAACAACCCCUGCCAGGGCAGCAAGUGUGUUCAUGGGAAGUGUCUGCCCCUGGACAUGCAGUCCUACCGCUGUGAGUGUCAGGAGGGGUAUCGAGGGGCCCUUUGUAACCAGCAGGAGCAGCUGUUCAACCCCUGCAAAAGGCUGCAGUGUAAACAUGGCCAGUGUCAGAUCUCGGGCACAGGAGAGCCCUACUGUCACUGUGAGAGUGGCUACAGUGGUGACAUGUGUGACACAGGGUCAGAGUGUCAAGGGGUGCCAGUGAGGGACUUCUACCAAGUGCAACGUGGCUACGUGAUAUGCCAGACCACACGUAUGGUGUCAUGGGUGGAAUGCAGUGGAUCUUGCAGCAUUGGAACCUGCUGUGGCAGCCAGCGGAUGAAGCGUAGGAAAUACAGCUUUGAGUGCAGUGAUGGGAGUUCCUUCAGUGAGGAGGUGGAGAAGACCAUCAAGUGUGGCUGUGUGGGUUGCAUGUAGUGCCCUGUGGUCACCCUCUGAAGAUGGGAGCCCAAUAAAGGAAUAUAAUAUGCAGUAUCUAUUUCUUUAUAUGGGUGAUGAACAAUGAUGUUUGUUAAACAGGACAAUGUUUCCAUCAAACAAAAUUUUUACGGAAAGAAAGAAAAACUGUUGUGUCGAAACGUCAUCAACUCACCUGGGAGUGAAAAGAAAGUCUUCAGGCUGAACAGCCUGGGGAGGUGAAACACAUACGGCAGUGGUUAAGGAGCUUCUCUUGUGACCAGGAGGGACUUAUAUAAUUCUGUAUAAUUUACGGCAGUACUUAAUCUGAAUAUAAACUGAAUAUUUAAACUGUUCCACUUAAAUAUUUUUAUAUACUGCAGCUAUGCUGAUUUAGUCAGACUUUAUACAUCCUUUAAAUGUUGCACUUAAAAUCCGGUUUCUUUCCUGGGAUUUGAAUCUGGGAUUGUCAAGGUAUGAACCCAGCUCUUUAACCACUGUAUUAUUUGUGAGAUAGUGUGACUUGUCUGCCUCUCUUGUGUAAAUAAAAAAAAAAUCUGAAGACGGCAUCUUUAACUAAGUCAUUAAAGUAUAGCUAGUGUCUCUCCUCUUGUUGGUAGCCUUCCAUUAGUUUCUUCCACUCUUUAUCCUAUAGUGCUUCUUUGACAGCCUGGCAUCCAAGGUCUUCAUGCACACCAUACAACAUGAGACUGUUACAAGUCUAGCUCCUUAUGCACCAGUGGCACCAAUAAAGCACCAGUGGUGUCGCUACAGCCCUUUGGCUUCCUUGGUUGUGUGAA